UGUAUAUCUAAGUUCUUCAGCCAAAAGGAGAAACCAGAAGGAAAAUUCACAUUCUCUUUCUUUCUUUAGCAAUUCCAAAUCCAUCAACCUUGCCAGUAUCUCAUUCAGUCUCUUGUGCACAAGCUUGCUCAUAAUGAGGCCUUCUUUGCUAGUCUCUCUCCUACUUUUGUCCAGUCUCCUUCAUGAGGCUCAAGGUAUACGCUUGGAAAAAGGAUCUUUAGCAGCUGGGCAGCAGCAAAUGAUCCAUGAGGUGGGAUUGACAACAAAAAUAAAAGGUGUAGUUGAAGAGGUUGAUCUAUGCAAAGAUGGACAUUGUUCAGGAAUGAUAAGAAAACUUAUGUCCAAAACCACCUCUAUUUCUAGCACUACCACCAAUUCAAAGAAUCACAAGAAAGAAGGAAAAGAAGAAAAUCUCUCCAUCAAUUCAUCGCCGGUUUCUGAGCGCUAUCCGGACACUUUGGACAUAGCAGGGAUGGAUUAUUCUCCUGCAAGGAGAAAACCUCCAAUACACAAUUGAGAUUGUUAGAGAAAAGCUAGCAAGUAAAAGAAAUAGUUUUAGAGAUGUGAAAGGGAAUAGAAGUUAGGCAGCAUUGCAGAAAAUGCAGCAGUUUAUUUAGGGUUAGAAAAUUUUUGUAUAUACCAUAUUCUAGGAUUAUUCCUAGUAAUAAUUAGUCUUGUCUUUGUAACCUUUACGGUAUUACAAUGUAAGAAUCACAAUAACAUCACUUAAUUCUUC